AUGUGUGAAUGUAAACAAGCCAAGCAACAGGAAUGUCUGCCACGCGAAUGUCUUGUACAAGAUAAAAAGCAUACCGAAAAGAAAGCUCUGCAAACAGCAUACAUACUUGAUCCCACUUUUACAAUCUCAAAAGCUUGCAACAAAGAAAAGCAAUUCGUAACAGUGUGUGGACAAAGGAAUUACAAGCAAUGAACAUGUUAAAGCAACGCAGGGAUAAUUUUCAAUGUGGAGGAAAAGAUGAACUUAAUCUGAAGCUUAUCUUUUUUAUUAUGGCCAGUUUUUUCAGAAAUUUGGAAGUAUUAAAUCCAGGGAUUAAAUCUGUCAAAAAUAUUUGGAAUUUAAAACAGGUUUGGAUCACACCUAAGAAUUUAAGCCAUUUUCAUUCUUUCUGUGAGGUGUUUAUAAAAAAUCAGUUCAUGAGGAAUGAUAUUUCAAAUAUCACAUUACAGGAAAUAGCUCUGUUUUUUUAUAUGAUGUUAUCAUUUAGCCAGGUCAAUUUUUGGGGUACUUGUCUCCAUUUGAAUAGACCCUUUUACCCAUAUGGCGGCCAUAUUGAAUUAAUUUGAUGUAAGGAGUAUUAUAGGAUGCCCAGGGGGCAUGAGCACAUUUCGUUUGUAUUUACGAACGUUUUUUCGGGGCAUUUUUUCUCAAAGUUUUGUUAGAAUAAGAUUGUAAUGGGAAAAAACAUCGUUGUGCCGUUUUUGGAUGUCAUAAUGAUCGCCUUUUUCCUGAGAAGUAUACAAUAAAAGACCAUAUUUCUAAUACUAAGCUACAAAAAGGCGAUGAUUAUUACAUCCAAUCAUGGCACAAUUAUCUUUUUUCCCAUUAGAAUCUUAUUCUAAGAAAAUUUUAAGAAAAAAUGUCCCAAAAGGCGCUUGUAGCACAGCAGGGGCCUGAACACAUGACCUGGACUGGAAGCUCUGCUGAGGUGACUUUUAUCCCGGUAUUGCAUGAAAAGGGCCAGCCCGGAGCCACCAGCUUUAUAUAGAGAUUGGAAGCAGUGCGUAUUUUCAUGUUCCUGGCUUGGUUCAUUUAUCAGGCUGCCAGGCAAGCGUGAUUACUCAGAAAAAUUCCAGCCAGUACUGGGCUGGCUCGGUUGUCAUGUAAUGGCAAAGUUGAUUUUUGUUCCGUUUAACUAAGGUGCCGAGAUUUCAUUUCAUGUGUAGAUGUCAUUUUAUAAUUCGACCUUCUUGCUAUUUUCACCAUCAAGUGUAAUGAUCCUGUUAGUUUUCUUUCUUGUUUCCUUGUUUUUUUUUUCUUUGUUAAGGACCAAAUAGCUUCUUUUCAAUUAAAGCAUUAAUCAUUGUGUUUUUGAACUAAGUGUUCCAUGUGUGUGAUUGCAACCGUGAUUGCAACCGCGUUUAGUUAUGGAAUUAAAACCGGUUCAGAGCUGUACUGCAUGCAGUGGAUAGUUUGAAUGUUAAACAUGAAUUACAAUCGAAAAAAGUAAAGCAAUACUUAUUCUGUGUCAUGCAGAUAUUUCCAAGCGAUAUUUCUUGGUUUGCCACUUGAAAAUCGUGUUUUGCUUUUUGCAUGAAUGAAAGCAAAGGAGUAGUGACAUCACUGAAUGGCAUUAAAGGCCAGUCAACUCAGACGUUGCUGAGAGGAGAAAAUGACUCAAAGCAAUUGGAUGAAAUUCAGGCUAAAGUAGAAGUCACUUGCCAUUUUAAUUUCUAUUAGGUUUUCAUUGAUAACAUAUUCAGUCAAUGUUAACAGUGCACAGAAAAGAACUAGUUGUAAAGCUGGGUUGAUGAUGGAUAAUAAAAAUAUUUUAGUACCAUGAAAGCUCUAUUAAGCGGACACUUUCGGGACCUCCCCAAGUGUCCACUUAAUAGAGGGUGUCCGCUUAAAAGAGGUUUCACUGUAACAGUUAUAUACAGGUACAUUAAGAGACUUUGUGACAUGGGACAUGGAAAAGUAUCUGCUGUCAAUAUUUAGUGGUGUCUGUAUUAGGCGGGUUACUUUGAGAGAAAAUAGGUAUGACCUUUUGGUGGGGCAAGCAAAACUGUCCAUUUUAUUCGGCUGUCCAUAGAGUAUGGCUUCUGCAAUCACCCUUACUAAAUUAUUACUCCUUUUAUACUACUACAUGAGGAAUUUCUGCAAUUUGAUUGGCUUAGAACAGUGGUAUUUCAGCUUAAUUUGAAAUGAUUACCUACAUGUGAAAAUUACAAAACCUUUAUGGGUGGUGAAAAACAAAUAAUAGCAUGAUUUGUACAUGAUAUUUGGCAUAAAAUACUGUACUCAGGAUAUUUCAAAAUUGUCUCAAAUUUCACUUGCCUAAUGGCUCGUGAAAUUCCAUAUAACAAUUUUGAAAUAUAACUUGUGGUAUUUAUGCCAAAAUCACUACAAAUCAUGUUAUUACCCAUGCUAAUUUUGCACAAUUAUCAACAUAUAUGACUUAUUAUAGACAAGAACUAAGUUAGAACCACAUUACCAUGGACAGGUGGGUUUAAAUUUUUUUUCCUGCCCUGGAUAAGCAACUUUUAUACUGUAUCAUUAUUAUAUAACAACAAAUCAGUCAUCUACAGUAAUUCUCUAGAUAAACAGAACAAAUGCGAUUCAGAAACCUGAGUUCCCUUAACAACAACAUUUUCAUUUAGUAGUCUUUAUAGUCAUUGUAACCUAACACAGAUAACCACAGUGUAAGUAGAAGUUAUACACUGUAGUCUGAUAGCAAUAAACACAUUUAAUUUUCCAGAAAAAUACCUGUGCAAGGCAAAUUGAACAUGAAGCACUCAUUUUAAUCCUCAGAGGCCACCUGGGCGCAUGAAAACUUGAACUGAAAGCUUGCCUUAAUCAGCUGAAGAGGUAGGUAACAUUGCAAGACCCCCCAAGGCUGCUACUAGACAAUGCUAUCUUGAAAACAAAUUCGCUGUUGAUGCCUUGAUACAAGUACCAAGCAGAGUGUAUGAUGCAAAUGUUAAACGAUUCAAUGUAUGAAACACUCAGUGAAAAACAUGUAGACCUCUUUAUGUAUACGUUGUAAGUAAUAUUUUAUCUCAGUUAAUGUUUUUUUUUUGGGGGGGGGGGGGGGGGGGAGACUUUAAUGUUAAAACAAAAGAAAAAUAAAAAUUACCUGAGUUAAAAAAUUAACUACAAAAAUAUAUCCAUAGGAACCUUGUGAGAAGCCAUCAAUCAAGACACCACACUGGCCGCUCACUGGCUGCAGAGAUACUAACCCCUGGAAAUCUAAAAUCUGGGGUCUCUCUCUUUUGCAUCACCCAUCCCCCGCCCCCCCCUCAUGCCCCGAUAAGCUGUGGUGUGGCUACACGUUGGCUACAUCCAAAAAGGUGUCCUUGGCAGCACAAGCUGUUUUGAGGCCCUUAUAAAUAAAUGCAGCAAAGAGGUUUCAACUGAAGAUUAUUAUUCUGCACAAGAGAUUAAAAUGCACCAUUUGCUGCGUCUGAAGCUGACAAGUUGCUCAUUCAUUUGCUACUUUGAAAUUUUUUUGCAAAAUUGAUGACAUUCAUGUCCAUAAUGUCAGAGACAUAUUUUUGGCGUUUUGAAUUAGUGCCCAUAAACUUGAAUGGCCCUCGUAGGGUAAAAAGUGAACAGAGCAGGUGCAGAUAUUACAACUCAUGACUCUAUUCUUGGCACUAAUUCAAAACGCCAAAAAUAUGUCUCUGACAUUAUGGAAAUGAAUGUCAUCAAUUUUGCAAAAAAUUUCAAAGUAGCAAAUGACAAGCUAAUAAAUUAGACUAAGAAAAUGAUACCUAGAGUAUUUUCAAUUUUAAUUUUUCUUGUCAAAUGUGAAGGGACCAAACUUUCCACUUUAUUGACUUCAUUGUAAAUACCAGUUGCUGAAGUAUAAACCAUGGCACACAAAUCAGAACAAUGCUUGGCGUGAUCAAGAAGGUACUGGACAAGUAUUUGUAAACAAAUAGAAAGAUUUUCUGGAAAGCCCAGCUGCAAAGCAACCUGCAACCUCGUUCCCAGGGUUCUCUCCUAGGGAUGGUAGGAGAGAACCCUGGGAACGAAGUUGAGCAACAUGUACCAGACUGGUAUGAAAAAUUGUACAAAGUAGCGAAGAACAGGAACCUCAGAAUGAGCAGUCAAUGCAACCUAUCACCUAUCGCCUGUUGCACUGACAUACAUACUAACUCUCCCGGAUACGACACCAAUCUCCCGGUCUCCCGUACGGGUCAACAAAUCUCCCAAAAAGAAACGAUUUGUGCGUUAAUUUGAAAUUUAUCCCAUUUUCUCCCAAACUUCGAAUUUUCUUUGAUUCAUAGUUUGGUUUCUCAGGCAUAUUUCAAUUUGCACAUAUUUUAUCACUGACAAAGAUUAUUUCGUCAUUACAACCAUAAAGACAAAUUGUGAUGGUCUAUACUUCAUGUAAGACUUCGUAUUAAAAAGGGACUUGAUCAAUUGAAUAGUACUUUACAGGGGGUCAAGGGGGUUGGUUGUUGAUAUUCCGGGGCGGGGGGGGGGGGGGGGGUGAAAAANCCAUACAGACAAUACCUUAUACUACCGACUACACGAAAAAUGUCAUCUACAAAAGAACCAGUUACAUUCAAACUAAACACCACGUGAAGUUUCAUUACUUCAUUUCAGUUAGAACAUGCUACAAGCCCGGGAGAGGUAUGUGCCGCUGUGAAGGGUAUGGUUUUCAAGCAGUUUACUCUAGGAUAGGGUAUAUAAAUCAGAGCGUUUGGGUCUAGAAUAGGGUAUCAUUUUUCAGGAAACUGAUCAGUUGGUUGAAGAUUUUAUGUAGACUAGGGAUUGUGGUGUAAGGUUUUGUUUUGGCUAGACUGUGCCAGUGCUAGUGACCUCAGUAGUUUCUGGAAAACAGCUACUCCAGGAUAGGGGGGAUUUGAGAGUUUACUCUAGUAAAGGGUAGCAAAAUUCAGCUGAACUAGCUCUGGUAUAGGUUAAGGGUUCCAGGGUCACAGCGGCACACCCUCACCCAGAAAUUCCUAAAGUACCCCCUUCCCCCCGGGGCUACAAGAAGGCUUAGAACUCUACCAAGUUAUGGUGAAUCAAAUGUGUAAUAAAGCAACAGUCCAACCUCUCCAUACGGACACCUCUCAAAUACUGACAGUUUACUAUGUACCGACAAAAUUAUCGUAAAUUUCCUCUAAAAAAAACCCUCUCCUAUACGGACAACGGACACAAAAUCUCAGCCCUUGGGUGCAAAUUCAUACGAACUUAACCUCUUUAUUACGGAAACCCCGGGAACCAACCAGGGAACAGGUGUCGAUUAUUUGCGGUAUGUGCUAUUUCCUGUCGGCGGUUACAAACAUUGACACUUAGUCAGUCAGCGAUACCAAUACCAGAAAAUGUCAAAAUGUUAGUUUUAAAAACUUACAUUUAUAAUUGCAAAUACGGUAAUCGAAAAUACUGUGGCAAUAGCCAAUUCAAUACGUAUUCUGUAUGCAGUGCUGUUCUAUGUAACUGUAACAAAUGACGGAAACAUAUUAUGUUAACUGAAGGAGUAAUUAAGACUGUUCCUUUUUCCUUUGAAUGAAUAGCAUCAUUGACCAUCAGUAGGGUCUUAAACGUGAUGUCAUCAUAUUGACCUCUCUAAUACCGACACUACGCUCUGUCCCUCCGGUGUCUGUAUUAAAGAGAUUCGACUGUAUCGUGUUAAAGAAAACUAUUGAAAAAAGCAUUUAGUCAACCCUACCAGAAAAAAGAUGAUCAAUGCAAACAAUAAUACUUCCUUUGAAACACCGGUGACAGUAAAAUAGGUGAUGUAAGCUUUCUCAACAGAGAAGCUGUUAUUUAUUAAUAACUCACCAAUCUUACUCAGACCCCCUAGAAAAAGACCUCUGUAAGCAACCCCCGAUUCCCUAGGUAAUUGCCUCCUUUUCGACAUCCCCGCCUCCCCUCGGAAUUUCCGUUGCCCUCCGUAGGGGAUUAUGGAUAUUUUCUGCAACUACACAUUGCACUUACUAAAGGGAGGCCGUAGAGUGAAGAAAGAGUUUUAAAAUUCUGCAGACAAAGCAACCUUGUUAUAAAAAAGACAAACGCAACUCUCAUAUGGUGUUUCCCUUCAGAGUUCUCAUUGGCUAUUGAUUCAGUAAACAGUACUACUGAUUUUUGUAAUCAUUAUUUCUCCAGGAUAACGUUCAUGUUAUACUGUCUUUUUUUGUAGGAGUAAAAUGCUGCGAAAGGGAAAUGAUACAUGUCCAGGUGGAAGUUGUAUCAGAUUUCAACCGAGAUGUCCAUAUGAGAAAGCUUGACAAGAAUGGAAGGAACUAAAAACUUUCCAACUUCUGGUAGGUUCAACCCAUAAGCCCCAAUAAGCGUUACGCCAAGUAAAAGGAAUUUGGGGACCACACGAGGCAAAGAGAAAGUGUUUUGACCUCUGCAUGAUUCGCACCCACGGACGAUCUCCAAGUUGGAUCUGCUGUUGCUCUACUGAUUAUGCGGUGAACCCUCCGUGGAGCAAGUCGUGGGUAAUUUUUGUGGCAGAUCGCGCAGAGGGUAGAAUGUGUAAUUAAGUAAACGUACAUACCUAAUACUGAUCUCAGUAUUAUCUGCCAUGUACAUUGUUGGUACUGUAUAGCAAAUGAUGCAACAGACAAUUAUCUCUGGCCGGAAUCAAAAAUCAUCGACUGCUACAAAAAAUCCUUUAAACCCCGAUUAGCGUCUAUUUUAAUAAAAAAAACACCACUACAUGUGCAAUGUGUAUUUGAACUUUUCGUUAUUGUUUCAGAGUUCCUGUCCCUGCCAAACUGCGGGAAUUGAUAUCAAAGCUUCUGUUUCUGGGAGUUCUUAGCAGGAAUUUCACUCUCGGCAUCAACAGGUGAGUACUUUGAGUUUGCAAGCCUUCAGCUUCCUAGAUUUCUGGCCUUUUAACCUUUAAUCUCUUUCUAUUAUAGAGAAGAUCAAGGUUACCCCAAUAUAAAAUUAUCAACGCGGACAAUGGGAAUCCUGGUUUGAUUAGGAACUGAUUUUUUUGUGGAAAUUCGACGGGGUGUAUAGGCGUUGAAACGUAUUUUGCGUAAACCGCUGACACUUAAACCGAAUUUACACAAUAAAUCAGGGAACAGAGAAACGUACGGAUACCAAACUAAAAUUAUUAACGUGGACAACGGGAAUCCUGGUUUGUUUGGAACUGAUUUUUUGUGGAAAUUCGACGGGGUGUAUAGGCGUUGAAACGUAUUUUGCGUAAACCGCUGACAUUCAAACCGAAUUUACACAAAAAAACAGGGAACAGAGAAGCGUAGGGUUACCACCCUAAAUCGGGCACUUUUCAAAUUGGAACCUUAUCAUGUGCUAACUUCUUAGUUUCUUCCUAUCUCUACAGGUGAUGGUAGCACGCUUUGGGAUUGCCAAGCAAACUCUAUUGACCAUGAUUCUAUUUUUUCCGCUUUCUUUUUUAAAGCGAAGGAGGUCCAGACGAAAGUACAAUUAUCAACGCAGAUAAUAGGAAUCCUGGUUUGUUUGCGAACUGAUUUUUUGUGGAAAUUCGACGGGGUGUAUAGGCGUUGAAACGUAUUUUGCGUAAACCGCUGACACUCAAACCGAAUUUACACAAUAAAUCAGGGAACAGAGAAACGUAGGGAUACCAAUCUAAAAUUAUUAACGUGGACAACGGGAAUCCUGGUUUGUUUGGAACUGAUUUUUUUGUGGAAAUUCGACAGGGUGUAUAGGCGUUGAAACGUAGUUUGCGUAAACCGCUGACACUCAAACCGAAUUUACACAAUAAAUCAGGGAACAGAGAAACGUAGGGAUACCACUCCAAAAUUAUUAAUUAUUAACGUGGACAACGGGAAUCCUGGUUUGUUUGGAACUGAUUUUUUGUGGAAAUUCGACAGGGUGUAUAGGCGUUGAAACGUAUUUUGCGUAAACCGCUGACACUCAAACCGAAUUUACACAAUAAAUCAGGGGAUAGAGAAACGUAGGGAUACCACUCCAAUUUUGGUACUUUUCAAAUUGGAAACUCAUACUGGAGAUAUAAUAACCAUAAGAUACCCCUCUCAUUGAGAUUCUUUUGAAAGCAAAAACGUAUUUUAACUUUCUAGUUUCUUUUUAUUUCUACAGGUGAUGGUUGAGCACAUUUUAUUCUCAAAUUUCUAACCUUUUUCCUUCAUUGUCUCUAGUGUUGUUGUUUUAGAUCGGCCACAACACUGGGCUUUGUAGGCUUUGACUUUUAUUCAGUCUUUCCAGGUCAAAGCGAAGAUUUGCAUAAUUGGAGCUAAAAUUAUUAGGUGGAGACUUGGAAUCCUGAAUCCUGACUGACCACAGACGUCUGCUUUUGGUUGAACUGUUGUAUCUUCGAGUUUUACAGUUUGGCUGGUAUGAGUACAUUACGUAAUGAAUUUCUUUUUUAGAAAGGUCUUUUAUAAUAUAUACUAUCACAAUUUCCCUUAGCAACGGCUGGCUUUAUAAGAGGCCAUACUUCGAGCAAAGCAAAGCCAUCGUUCUUUCGUGAUUGUUGACUUUCGACAGAUUCUUAUCCAUCAUUUUAUCUGAAUGACUAGGCUCGAAAUAUUCUUGUAUUACUCUUAAAUUGAAGCUUAUAUCAUUUCUGGUUCAUGAUGUGUUGGGGUAUCAAUGGACCUUUUAUCGAACUGUUAUAAGCAUUGAACAUUUGACUUUGUUAACGGUGCAGUUUUUUGAAGUUUGGUUCCUAAUUUUUUUUUACUUAGAGAAAGGGUCAAUUAUAUCAGAUAAGUUUAAAACAAUUGUAUUUUAUUAACAGAUUUUCAACACAAACUAAUAAAUCCUGUUGAAAAUCUCAGUCUCAGAUUUCAGUAGCGAUAUUUUAUAAAAUAUAUUUUGGUAAAAAAGAAAGAGUGUAGUCGUAGCGCCUCAACCUUAAUAAAUUAUUUUUAACUUUUAAAGAAAUAGUAAAGAAAUGUUUGAUUUGGAAAAUUUCCUUCGGUUUAGUAUUUUUUCCGUGUGUACGCGCAUCAAGGAUUGUUUCUAAUUUUAUUAUUUCUCUUUUGUGUAUACAAGUAUUCAGAAUAAUGAUUUCUGUCCCUGUUUUCUGACAGAUACGAGUGUUGCCAUUUUGAAUUUAUUGUUUGCCCUGCACAUGAAGUCUACCCAUGUUAUAAUGCGGUACUACUAGACAUGGAUGAACUGGUAAGUUUUUGCUACCUUCUUCUGCAAGAAAAAUCAACUUAUUUGACUUAAUUUUAAUGUGUAAUUCUAGGCCGUUUGUACAUUCUUGUUUGCUGGGCUGUAGUCGCGUUUACGUUUUAUUAAUAAGCCCUGAGUUUUUGUUGUAAACUUGUUUAUAAGCGAAAGUUUUUAAUGAGUAAGCGGCUUGGUGGAUAUGUGAUAUACGUCAGAAAACCUUAAUUACACAGUAAGCCAAGCUUAGGGUUAUAAAAUUAAGUUAAAUUAAUCUGUUUUCAAUUUAAGCAGAGAUGAUUAAUCAAACUGAUUAUUUUUUUUUUCUCUCAAUUUAUUUUCAAAUACUUUUUACAGUGGAAAUUGGCCGAGAGCUCCAAACCAACAGACACCAGUAAAAAGUGCCUCAAGGAUCAGGUACUGCUGCAACUAUGAGAAAGUAUGUUUACACUUGUUUUCGUGGUCUUGUUUACAAUGAAUGUCAAGUUACUUUGCUUAUCUUACAAAUUUACUCUUCUAUGAGUGUGCCAUAACAGCUACUGCAAAAGGCUGCUACCCUGAAAGUGGUGAAAUGUAUCAAAUAUCUUUAGAAAAACUGUCAUUAAUUCUUACCUCAGAGUUUUUUUUUUAACUUAGCUCGCUGUAUGAUUCAGAUUAUUAUAUUAUUGACAAUACAGCUCUUCAAAUGAAUUGUGUUGGUUAGCGUUCAAUUGAUAUCUCAGAUAUCAGACUAAGCAGCCUACCGAGUUAUGAUUCAACGUCAGUAAGAAUCGGAGAUAAUCCAAAAAUCGCGGACACAGCUCAAAAUUCGUUUCCGCUGAUACUUUUUAUAUUGAUCAUGAUAGAGUUUUGUAUCCUAGUUAACAAAAGAGGGUUAAUUUGGUCCAAUUUUUGAUUUAUAAGGAGUGCAUUCUUUCUUUUUUCUAAGAAUUUUGUUUUUGUGGCCCAGGGGAAAUAUUCUUAUUUUUCUCCCAGUUUUAGGCUCAAAAUAUUCUUGUAUUACUCUUAAGUUGAAGCUUGUGUCAUUUCCGGUUUAGCCUGAUAUGAGAGUAAGGGGCAGUCUACAGAGUCAGGUUGUAAAAUCUAAUUUAUAAUUCUUCGUUGUUUUAGGAGGAUCUGCCAAAGCAAAAGAACAAGAGUAAGAAAGUGGAAGAGGAAGAUUAG